AUGGGUCGUCGUUCGGUGAAUACUACAAAAAGUGGGAAGUUUAUGAAUCCAACAGAUCAAGCAAGAAAAGAAGCAAGAAAACGGGAAUUGAAGAAAAACAAAAAACAACGUAUGGCUGUGCGUCAUGCAGUGCUUAAAUCCAAAGACCCUCUACAAUUAUUAGAAGAAACGACUCUCUAUGAUAAACAAGAGUAUGAUCCCAGUGUUCAAGCUCAACUUAGUGAAAGGGUCAUUCAGGAAAAACGCCGAAAGCUGUUGGAAACAUUCGACCGUCUUGUUAUGUUAUACAGGAAAGAAGAUGCAGAAUAUGCCAACCGGCUUCAAGCGGCUCGUCAAGACUACGACAAAAGACGGCAUGAGAUGAUGCUUUAUUACGAACAAGUAAAGUUAGCUGAAAGAGUGAAAGCUAGUGAAAUUCCGCUCCCAAAACUGCCGCAAUCACAGAUGGGUCUUAUAACGUCCGACAUACCGUUGCCUCCUGGAGGUUACGCUAAAGGUAUUCUGAAGAAGUCAUUAGGAGCUCCAGGGCUUCCACCUAGUAUACUUCCUGCAGGUCGUAAGCCGCCUGGACCACCUCCAGGAACACCUCCUGAAUUGUCAGAUAGUGAAGAAGAAGAUAAUUUUGCUGAUAAUACGACAAAGCAACGCAAAAUCCGGUUUGCUGAUGCAGACCCUAUGCCGGAGCAAGAAGAACAAAUUGGUGAUUCAUCUCUGCAUCUCGGCGAAAAAUUCACCGGCGGUUUUACAACUAUUACUCCUCCACUCUCUCAAAUCCCUUUACCGCCGCCCAUGGCUUUACCAUCCUUUACUGGCCUUAUUCGUCCAGGAUUUCCGGGAGCACCUCAGCCUACUCUAAGUCGUUUCACUUACCAACGCCCCACUGGGGCUAUAUUAUCAGCUCCACCCAGUUUGCACCUUCGUGAUCCACUUGAUAAUGCGGAACUUGUAAGUGGUCCAGCUGUAGCGAGCAUUCCAACAAAUCAACCAAAUCCAAGUGGAACUACUAUAGAAGCAAAACCUCAACUGAAAAAUUUAAUAGGUGACGCAACACGUUUUGUCCCUACAGCUCUUAAAGUACGCAGAAUUGUUCGUGAUACUAAUGGUCGUCUAGUCACUACAGGUGGAGGGACAGCUGCAUAUGGAACAGGAAAACAAUCGAAUGCUGUUUAUGAUCGUGUUGCCAAAUCUGAUACUACAGGAAUUAAUUCUGGAUCAGCGACUAGCAAAGAUGAUGCAUAUGAAGAGUUUAUGCGUGAAAUGGAAGGCCUUAUAUGA